GUUUCUGUUGUAAUCUUGCAAACAUUUGUAAACAAAAAUAGCCUCUAUUCUGAUUUCUCCUGUUCUUUUCCAUUUUUUCUCUCUCCUAUUGAUUAAAAAAAAAAAACCCAGAUAAAAAUUUCCUUCACCCAAAAAUCCUAGGGAAGAAAAAUUAAAUCUUUAAUUAAUCAUAAUCUCUUAUAGGAAAACACAAUAAUAAAAACAUUAGUAUAUAAAUUAUGCAAUCAUUGAGUCUGAAAGUGUUCACUGAUUUUGGGGUAUCAGCAAGAAAAUCAAGGUAUAACAUAAAUGGGUUGUCGGAUUCUGAGUUGGGUACCCGGAGAAAUUGGAGUUGCUCCACCAUAAAAGUUGGGUAUUGCAAGAUUGUGGCUUGUUCUUCACAAAGGAAUGUUGGUGGUGAGAGCAGCCCAAGUUCAAGCCCAAUUCCUGGCCCAAUUCAAGGUUCGGGCCCGGGUCAAAAUGGGCUUCAUUGUAGGACCCAAAGUUAUGCCUUGCUUAAGCAGCAAAUGGAGGUGGCAGCCAAGGCUGAGGAUUAUAAAGAAGCGGCGAGAAUACGUGAUUCAUUGAGAUUGUUGGAGGAUGAAGAGCCAGUUUUGCGUUUGAGGAGACUUUUGAAAGAGGCUAUUGCCCAGGAGAGGUUUCAGGAUGCUGCAACAUAUAGGGAUGAACUCAAGGAGAUAUCUCCACAUUCUCUUUUGACUUGUUCAAGUGAUGCUACUACCCUGGGGGUCCGUGUUCAAGUCAGGAGUGUCUACAUAGAGGGACGUAGUCAACCUUCCAAAGGCCAGUACUUUUAUGCAUAUAGGAUCAGGAUAACCAACAAUUCAGACCAUCCAGUACAAUUAUUGAGGCGGCAUUGGAUAAUUACUGAUGGCAAUGGGAAAACUGAGAAUGUCUGGGGUAUAGGAGUUAUCGGUGAGCAGCCAGUUAUACUUCCAAAAACUGGCUUUGAAUACUCUUCAGCAUGCCCAUUAAGUACUCCGAGUGGAAGAAUGGAAGGUGAUUUUGAAAUGAUUCAUAUUGACAAAGUAGAAUCGAGAACAUUCAAUGUAGCGAUUGCUCCAUUUUCGCUCUCCACACUCGGUGAUGAUAUUGAUCCUUUCUGAAAUGAUAGCUUCUGAACCAUCAGAUACAUGGAUGUGACUUAUACUAUAAAUCUGUGAAGUCUUAUGAAGUGAGUUUAUCUAGCUUGUUCAAACCAAAAUGAGAAGGAAACAAUGAAGAAGAAAAUUUUGCGAUCGAUUUUACAUAUACUAUUGAUUACUAUCGAUGUAAAUGUCGUGUUGUGUUGUAACUUGUAACUUGUAUGUAGUGUGGAAAGGCCUUUUCUUUUUAGUUGAAUUGUUGAAAGUAAUAUAAACUCAAAAGAUUUGCAAAAAUGUAACGUAACAAUUUGUGUGUAAUUUCCUAGAUAGUAAAAAGAUUGAUAUUGGGAAAAAUCACAUCUGUUCAUUAAA